AUGACUGCUAACAACACGACCAAUUUUAUGCAGUCAGACCGCUGGACGCCGUUAUUUUGCACACAGACCGUCAUUGCCAUAACCGCGUUCCUCCUCAACGCAGCCGUCUUAAUCAGACACCUGCUCCAGCCGUCAAUUAUCAGCCAUUUCACUGUGUACCUGCUGGUGCUGUACCUGGCCAACGUAGUCAUUAUUCUGGGCGUGAAACCGAUGGAGCUCUUCAACGAUAUCCACAAUGGCGGGAAUUGGUCGUUCGGCGGCCAACUGUGCAUCAUCCACACGUAUUUCCUCUUAGUGUUCUCCGUCACACCGUUGUUGUCGCAUUUGCUAAUCGCCACAGACCGCUUCUGGGCGCUGCAGUUUCCGCAUUCGUAUCGCAGUCACCAUAAUAUCAAGACAUCUUUACUUAUUUGUUUGGGCAUGGUUUGUUAUGUGCACUGUUUUGCGCUGCCGGCGUUUAUCGUAUAUCUACCGUCCAUAAACGCCGCGCACUGCCAACCAUCGCCGCGCUCGCGGUACUGGUACCGCGUGGAGUAUGUUAUCGAUCGGAUUGUACCGCUGCUGUUGAUAUUAGUGAUUUACUUGUUUAUUAUCAUCAAGCGCUGGCACCGACGCAAGACGCCGGCAUCGGUACAUGUGUCUCCCGCGGGAUCGCGGAUACCUCACUCGACGACGGUUUUGGCCGUGCGGAGAACGUCGGUGCGUCCGUUCGUGGUGCUGACGCUGACGACGUUGGAGGUUGCGGUGUGCUGGCUGCCGUUAGAUGUGUAUUUCGCCUGUAAAGUGUAUUUCAACUACCGAAUGCCGGAUAGUGUGGCCCAGUGUUUUGUCAUACUGUUUACGCUGCAAAGCGUCUUCGAUCCGCUAAUUUGGGUGUUCAGUCGCCGUCACAAACGAUGA